AAAACAGCUGCCCCCCAGUUCUGCCGCCGUAGUAUCUCCUCUGCUAACAAGUGGAAUUUUUCCGGCGAGGAAACAGAAAAGGGUAGUGAGUGAAAUCAAUCUUUGAAGUUUCUCUUCAAAUAAGCGGUGAACUCUGCAAUCAAAUCAUUAUGCCGGGUAGAAACAAGGCGUCGGAGGACAAACUUAGUCAUGCCACGCAGCUUAGCGCUCUUCCUCAGGAGCGAGAAUGCUAUGAAGGGGAACGGCUUGUUCUUCUGCUCAAAUCAAUUCAGAGAGGAAUAGAGUCAUCUAGAGCUUUGGAUGGGAACACCUUGCCUGAAAAAAUAUGGUUCAAGCAACAAUUUGCAGUUGGUGUCAAUGAUGUGACUCGCGUGCUUGAACGAAUGGCACCAAGUAUUGAGGCCGGAAGCUCUCACCAUAAGCCUAAUGUGUUGUGUAGCAAAAGGAGAGCUCCUUCAGUCCAGCUUCAGGCUGUUCUGUUAGCUGCUGAUUGCAAUCCCAAAGGGCUAACAAAGCACCUGCCAGGCUUAGCUUCUUCAAGGAAGGUUCCGCUAAUCUUUAUCAAAGACAACAAAAUGGGGUCUUUAAGAUUGGGUGAGCUCGUUAAGAUAAAAACGGCAAUUGCUAUUGGAGUAAAGGUUCAAGGAAACACUAUCAAUCAAAUAAUUGAACAAAUUCUUCAUGGCGAUGAAGUGAAUCAUGGAGCUCUGGCUGAACUCCUCUAACAUAUGUAAUGCAGUAUGUCACAAACCUGCUAGUUAUGUAGAGUCCUAGAAAGAAGGAAUGUGAAAAUUAACCCCCCAGCGUUUUAAUGGAAGGCAUCCAUGCAUCCUGGAAAGUUCUAUGCCCCUAGAUAACCUUAUUAAUUUGUAUCAGAAGUUGAAUUGGCAUGGUAUAGAGUUUAGAAUGUGGGCGCUCUUCUUCUGCUCCCUGUGUCUGACUGCUGAUGGUAGCAUACUAUUAAACUGUGUUAAGGCAU